AGUCAAGAGAGCACAGGCUCGACUGCAAGAUGAAGUCGAUUGCUUUGUUGGUGUUGGGCCUGGCCGCCAUGGCCUCGGCUCACAUUGAUUUGGACGUGCAUCUGUCAGUCACGAUGGAUAUUAAGCAGAAGCAAAUGUUCAUUUUGAAAUUACUGAACCAUGUCGUUGAGCCGGUGAUGUACGAGGACAUCAAAGAAAUUGGAAUGAACUUUAAGAUCGAAGAAAAUGUUAACUUAUACACCAGAACUGACGUCGUUAAAAAUUUUGUCAACUGGGUAAAAAUGGGAAUGCUGCCCCGUGGUGAAAUAUUCACUAUUCAUGUCGACCGCCAACUUAAGGAAGUCGUCUCCAUGUUCCACUUGCUCUACUACGCCAAAGACUUCAAUACGUUCAUAAAAACGGCUUGCUGGAUGCGCCUCUACAUGAACGAGGGUAUGUUCGUGUACGCUCUCACAGUGGCAGUCAGACAUCGUGAAGACUGCAAGGGAAUUAUUCUGCCGCCUCCUUACGAAAUCUACCCGUACUACUUUGUACGUGCCGACGUUAUUCAAAAGGCUUAUCUAUUAAAGAUGAAGAGAGGACUCUUAGACGCUAAGCUUUGCGAUUUCUACGGUAUCACGAAGACUGACAAGGGCGUCUAUGUUAUUGACGAGAACAUUUUCGACACACGUGUUUACCUUAGCGACGAAGACACGCUCAGAUAUUUCACUGAGGAUAUUGAUCUAAACACUUACUACUAUUACUUCCAUGUGGACUAUCCCUUCUGGAUGAAGGAUAACGUUAUUGAUAAACUAAAAAUGCGUAGGUGGGAGCUCAAUUUGUAUGUUUGGCAGCAAAUCCUAGCAAGGUACUACCUGGAACGCUUGUCCAACGGACUGGGUGAGAUUACUACAUUGACAUGGAACAAACCCAUUAGAAAGGGUUACUGGCCAUGGAUGCUACUGCACAAUGGUGUCCAAUUACCACUAAGACCGAACAACUACGUUCUUGUUGGUGACAAGGAUAUCAACGUUGUGCGUUUAGUCGAAAACUACGAAAUGAUUAUUAAAGAUGCUAUCAUUAAGGGUUACAUAGAUAUCAAUGGUAUCCGAUUGGAUCUGGUCAAAUAUGAAGAUGUUGAGACUCUAGGAAAGAUUGUUUUCGGAAAAAUCGACAAGGUUGAAGUUGACAAAUUCCACAUCGAUGCUUACCGCUAUCUGCUUAUCAUCAUGAAAUCCGUAAUGGGACUUAAUACGUUUAAUUCUGACAAAUACUUUGUCACACCAACUGUUCUCGACAUCUAUCAAACUGCUCUCCGUGACCCGAUCUUCUAUCAACUACAGAAACGUUUGUGUGACUUGCUGAUCCUAUUCAAGAAACGACUGCCCUGCUACACAAAGGAGGAACUCUUCUUCCCUGGAGUAAAGAUUGAUAACAUCGUUGUUGAUAAAUUGGUAACAUACUUUGACAACUACCUGAUGGAUAUGACAAACGCCGUUACAUUAACUGGUGAUGAACUUAAAAAGACUACCUCAGAUAUGGUAUUCUUGGUACGCAAACGUCGUCUUAACCACCAACCGUUCACAAUCACACUUGAUAUUCAGUCCGAUAAAACUGUUGACUGUGUGGUGAGGUUAUUCUUGGGACCGAAGGAAGAUCACUGGGGCCGCUUGAUUGAUCUCGACCAGAACCGCGUAAACUUUGUCGAAUUAGACUCAUUCCUUUACAAAUUGAACACUGGCAAGAACACCAUUGUCAGAAAUUCGAUGGACAUGCACAACUUGGUGCGCGAUCGUAUCAUGACACGUGACUUGUGGAAGAAGAUUGACACAAUGACCGAUAUGAGGGAUCUGCUAAUGAAGGACUUGAGGAACUAUCACACUGGAUUCCCGACGAGGCUCCUGUUACCUAAGGGUCGCAUCGGCGGUAUGAACUUCUUGCUGUACGCCAUCGUAACUCCGUUGAAGUUGGUUGAUAACGUUGACAUAAACAUACUUGAUACCAACCGCAGAGACUUGGUUGUAGAUUUCAGGUCCACCGUUCUUCUUGACAAAAUGCCAUUAGGUUUUCCGUUUGACCGUACUAUCGAUGUUGCUAAGUUCUUAACACCUAACAUGAAGUUCGUCAAUGUUGUGAUCUUCCACAAGAAGCAAGUCUGCGAUAUGAAGACCAGAUGGGAUCGUUGGGUGCUGAAAAACUACAAUAUGAUUGACCGAACUAUAGUAGGAGUGGACGAUUACAUGACAGAUGUUGACAUCAAUAAAAAGGUAGACAAAGAUGUUAACCUUUUUGACUUGUAAAUAUAAA